AAGCGGACCAACACAACAUGGCCACGCCGUCCGUUUCUGGCUGAUCAGGAGCUCCAAAGGUCGAGCAAGUCGUCCUAUAUAAGCGCCUCCGAUCCAGUUUGGGAUCAAAUCACGACCAACACGUACGUACCUGAUCUUGACUGGCCAAACCAUUCAGUGCUCGUGCCCACUUACGCAGAACCAAAUUAAGCGGGAAGGAAGCCAUGUCUGCCGCGGAGGGGGCCGUCGUCUUCAGCGAGGAGAAGGAGGCGCUGGUGCUCAAGUCAUGGGCCAUCAUGAAGAAGGAUUCCGCCAACCUUGGGCUCCGCUUCUUCCUCAAGAUCUUCGAGAUCGCGCCGUCGGCGAGGCAGAUGUUCCCGUUCCUGCGCGACUCCGACGUGCCGCUGGAGACCAACCCCAAGCUCAAGACCCACGCCGUGUCCGUCUUCGUCAUGACCUGCGAGGCGGCUGCGCAGUUGCGGAAAGCCGGCAAGAUCACCGUCAGGGAGACCACCCUGAAGAGGCUGGGCGGCACGCACUUGAAAUACGGCGUGGCAGAUGGCCACUUCGAGGUGACGCGGUUCGCUCUGCUCGAGACGAUCAAGGAGGCGCUUCCGGCUGACAUGUGGGGGCCCGAGAUGAGGAACGCGUGGGGCGAGGCAUACGAUCAACUGGUCGCGGCCAUCAAGCAAGAGAUGAAGCCAGCUGAGUAGCUCCACCGCACUCAUAUACCACGCCAUUUUCGCCGAUUGUCCGUUCAACCUUCCUUGCUUCACCAAUUCACUCAUUUCACCGUUGUGUUUGUAUUGUGUGUUUAUGUGCACUAAAGUCUAUUGUAACACUCAAUAAAAGUACAAAUUAUGCACGAUAUUCA